GUUUUUUCACCUACUGUUUGAAUUAAAAAAAAACAUAGAUAGCAGAUAAUAAUUGAGAGGAAAAUAGAAUUUUGAGAAAGCUGUCUCUCUUAGAAGGCCGACCCUACAAUAUAACACAAUCUAUCCGACGUCAUGAUGUUAUAUAUUCAAUCCCAUAAACAAAACCUUUUAAUUUGCAACUUGAAAGACAAGGAAAAGCAGGGAAAUACCAACAAGAAGAAGAAGAGGAGGAGAAGGAGGAGGAAGGAUUUGAAAGGAAUCUGCAAUCUUCUUUUUCUUCUUCUCAAUGGGUUCUGAGGUCUCUAAACAGAUCCAAAGGCGCAAGGCAGUCUCCGUGGAAAAGCAAAUGCUUUUUGACCUUAAUGAAAAUUGCGGGGAAACAUUCCCUGGUUGUGACUAUCGUCCUACUGACAGGAAGAAUUGGAUGGCCAGCCUUGGUCCUAAGGACCUUCACAUAAAUAACAUUGUAUGGCCUGGAACUCAUAAUUCUGCUACCGACAGGAUAGGAAUUCCCUGCAUCUCUCGGCCUUUUGCGCAAUGCCAGACUUUGUCUGUUUACCAGCAGCUUGUUCUAGGCACCAGAGUUUUGGAUAUUAGAGUUAAUGAAAACAAUCAUGUCUGCCAUGGUAUCUUGUUGACGUACAACAUCGAUGUUGUCAUAAAUGAUGUCAAGAAGUUCUUGUUCGAGACAACGUCCGAGGUCAUAAUUCUGGAGAUCCGCACUGAAUACGGGCACCGGGAUCCUCCUGAAUUUGAGGAUUACUUGGAGGAAAAACUCGGCAUGUACCUCAUCCACCAGGAUGAUUACGUCUUUGGCAAAACAAUUGCAGAAUUGUUGCCAAAGAGGAUUAUCUGUGUCUGGAAACCAAGAAACUCAGCUCAGCCUAAACCAGGGUCUCCAUUCUGGAGUGCUGAAUAUCUCAAGGACAAUUGGAUUGACACAGAUUUGCCAUCCACAAAGUUUGAUAGUAAUUUGAAGUAUUUGAGUGACCAAGCACCAGUUUCAUCAAGGAAUUUCUUCUACAGAGUGGAGAACACAGUGACAGCACAGCCAGAUAAUCCUGUGGUAUGCGUUAGACCAGUAACAGGCCGAAUUCAUGGAUAUGCUAGGCUGUUCAUCAAUCGGUGCUUUGCCGAAGGUUGCGCCAAUAGGUUGCAAGUAUUCUCUACAGAUUUUAUUGGUGGGGAUUUUGUUGAUGCUUGUGUUGGCCUUACACACGCCCGGGUCCAUGGCGAGUGUUGA